GCGGCCACAGGAUGGGGGGCGCUGGGCGUAGGGGCUGCGGGCUCUGGCCCUUCCCGGUGCUGCUGGCCGCGGUGUGCGCGCAGAGUGUCAGCGACCCCAGUAACAUGUCCCUGGUGAAGGAGACAGUGGACCAGCUGCUGAAAGGCUAUGACAUCCGCCUGCGGCCAGACUUCGGAGGCCCCCCAGUAGCUGUCGGCAUGAACAUCGACAUCGCCAGCAUCGACAUGGUGUCAGAGGUCAACAUGGACUACACGCUGACCAUGUACUUCCAGCAGGCCUGGCGGGACAAGCGGCUGUCCUACAAUGUCAUUCCCCUCAACCUCACGUUGGACAACAGGGUGGCUGACCAACUGUGGGUGCCUGACACCUACUUCCUCAACGACAAGAAGUCCUUUGUGCACGGGGUGACUGUGAAGAACCGCAUGAUCCGUCUGCACCCCGAUGGCACCGUGCUCUACGGCCUCAGGAUCACCACCACAGCGGCCUGCAUGAUGGACCUACGCAGGUACCCACUGGAUGAGCAGAACUGCACCCUUGAGAUUGAGAGCUAUGGGUACACGACAGACGACAUUGAAUUCUAUUGGCGGGGAGAUGACAACGCGGUCACGGGUGUGACCAAGAUCGAGCUUCCGCAGUUCUCCAUCGUGGACUACAAGCUCAUCACCAAGAAGGUGGUCUUCUCCACAGGCUCCUACCCACGGCUGUCACUGAGCUUCAAGCUCAAGAGGAACAUCGGCUACUUCAUCCUGCAGACCUACAUGCCCUCCAUCCUCAUCACCAUCCUCUCCUGGGUCUCCUUCUGGAUCAACUAUGAUGCCUCUGCUGCCAGGGUGGCACUAGGCAUCACCACGGUGCUCACCAUGACCACCAUCAACACGCACCUGCGGGAGACGCUGCCCAAGAUCCCAUAUGUCAAGGCCAUCGACAUGUACCUCAUGGGCUGUUUUGUCUUCGUGUUCAUGGCGCUGCUGGAGUAUGCACUUGUCAACUACAUCUUCUUUGGGCGCGGGCCCCAGCGGCAGAAGAAGGCGGCCGAGCGAGCGGCCAGCAGCAGCAAGGGGAAGGCACACUUGGACGUGAACAAGAUAUUUUACAGAGACACUGACCCAAAUGGGACCCUGUCUCGGUCCCUGUGGGACCCCACUGGCAAGCUGUCUCCCACCCGACGGACUGGCAACCCCGACCUCUCUUUGUGCACGAUGGAGCCCCAUGAGAGCAUCCUGCUGAGCUCCCUGGAGAUGAAGAAUGAGCUGGCACCAGCAGAGGCAGUGCUGGGGCUGGGGGCCCCACGGGGAGCCAUGCUGGCCCUGGAUGCAUCCAGCCUGCAGCACCGCAAGGGAGCCCUGGGCCGGCAGGGCUUCGGGAGGUCUGCGCUUGAGCGCCACGUGGCCCAGAAGAAGAGUCGCCUGCGUCGCCGCGCCUCGCAGCUGCGCCUCACCAUCCCUGACCUCACGGACGUGAAUGCCAUAGACCGCUGGUCACGCGUCUUCUUCCCCGUGGUCUUCUCGCUCUUCAACAUCGUCUACUGGCUCUACUACGUGAACUAGGCCACACCCAUCCUGCCCUGUCCCCGUGCCCUUGCCAUGUCCCUACCCCACCCUUCGCCAUGCCUUCCCCAGUCCCAGAGUCCUGCCGGCCUGGAAAGGGCACGGAGCCGGCCAGAGACAGUUCCCUGCAUCCGGAGAGUCCUCCAUGGCUCCACCAGGACAGAGACUCAGGAAACCCCUCGGCCAGGGAGCCAGCUCCCAUGUCUUCCAUUUUAACCCAGAGAGGUGGGAGCCUUCCAGACUUCACCUCACGUGCCAGGGACAAGAGUUAAAAUAGCUGCCCAGUACCCAGGAUGCCUGGGAAGGACUUGUCUCACAGGCCGCACUCACUCUGGCAACAUCACCCUCACUAGUAGACAGACAGGAAGUACAGUGAGACAGAGCCUUCACUCAGCAGACAGACAAGAGGUCCAGCAAUGAGACAGAAGCCUCACUUAGCAGACAGACAGAAGUAUAGCGAGACAGAGGCCCCACUCAGCUGACAGGAAGUACGAGACAGAGCCCCCAUUUAGCUGACAGGAAGUACAGCGAAACAGAGCUCCCAUUCAGCUGACAGGAAGUACAGCGAGACAGAGCCCCCAUUCAGCUGACAGGAAGCACAGUGAGACAGAGCCCCCAUUCAGCUGACAGGAAGUACAGCGAGACAGAGCCCCCACUCAGCUGACAGGAAGUACAGUAAGACAGAUGCCUCACUCUGCUGACAGGAAGUACAGUGAGACAGAGCCCCCACUCUGCUGACAGGAAGUACAGCAAGACAGAGCCCCCACUCAGCUGACAGGAAGUACAGUGAGACAGAUCCCUCACUCUGCUGACUGACAGGAAAUACAGCAAGAAAGAGCCCCUCACACAGUAGAGAGACAGGAAGUACAAUGGGAGAGAGCCAUCACUCAGCUGACAAACUGACAGGCUGGUCACUGAGAAACAACUUUCUCUGUAGAAUGUCCAUAUUUAUUUCUGAAUGUAACUGAAUAUUUUCUUUUUUAAAAAAUCAACUCUUAUUUCUCAUUAUCCAGAGAUGACAGACAGGUCAGAGCACCACUUCAGUACUUGCGACUCUGGGGCUCAAAUGGGAGUUUCAGGCAUGGGCGUCCUGCACUCUGCCAGUGGCCAGCUACUGGGUAGGAUAUUUUCAAAUGCAGUUUGCUCAUGUCUUUAACAUUAGUGGUCCUUUCUGGCUUCUCUUCCUUCUGAAAUCCUGAUCUUGUUCUUUGGAGACAAGCUGAGGCUGAAGAGAGGUAGCCACAUGCCCUACAUGCAGGGAGUGUCUGUCUGUGUUUUCACGGCAGAGAAUCCAGUGAGGGUUGUGGACCACAGGGUGGGGCUUGCUGGGCAUAUGUCAAGGGCACUUGCACUGAGGCUAAAGUCUGCCCAGCAAGGGGGAACCUGGACAUGGAGGAGAGGCCCACACAGCCAUGUCUGUGCCAGACCAGGGGCCACUGCUUUCAGACAGGGUCACCUGUGCUGGCUAGACACGGGUGUGAGUGCUGGGCUGCACAUGAGCUCUGUCCUGCACUUUUCUUGAAGAAGCAGUCACCUGCCAAGUCUUCCAUGUUAGUCUGGGUGGAUGCUUAUCCUGGAGGAAGCCACCAUGUAGGGGGUGUGGGGGCCCUGCAGUGGUUGUGCUGGCUGAGUCUGGGGGGCCCUGUCCUGGGUUCUACAGUCCACCCUCCUGCCAUGGGAGGUGGAAAGGAGCCCCCAGCUCUGCAGAGGCUCAGAGGCCAGGGGACGAGGGUUUCUGGAGCACAGGGUGGAGUCUGCAGUCUUUGCCAAAGCCAUACACACCCAGUGAGCACUGUGGGACCUGUGGUCAGGGUGCAGAGGACCCUCCCACCUGCACCAGGAGCACACACCAGGCCUAUAGGAGAAGCCGGCGGAGACUCACACCCAUGUCCUCCAGGGAGGCCUCCUGUGGCCUGUGGUCACCACGCAGCCACCCUUCCUCCACAGCCCACAUAGGACCUGGGGUGCUGGGGCUCAGACCCACCAUGAGUCCCAGUCAUCCUGAUGGUGUCCCUGCCCCUUUACCCUCCCUGUGUACUUCUGCACAUACAGCAGCUGGUUUACCAGUAUUCAAGGUGUUUGCUCAUCUCCGUGACACCCAGAGGCCAACUCUGCCUCUAAGCCACACAGUCCCGCGGGAGCUCUGGCUCUGGGCCUGUGUGUAGCCGCCAUGGCCAUGUGGCCUCUGUGGCUGGCUCAGCCAUGCAUUUUCAGACUUAGACUGCACCAGGAACAGAUGGGAUUCCUGCACCUCACCACCAGGAGACCCCACCGCACCCUCAGGACCUCUCCUCAUCUCCAAAGCAAUGCUCAGUAAGAUACAAUGACUAUGGUUUGGAACCAAAAGACUUCCCCAUAGCAUUAGGAACACAUGCCCAUCAGCUCACAAAAGCACAACAGAGAGCAACCCACAGAUGCUAAGCAGCCUGCAUACCACUGCAGCCCCUUGUCCUGGGGGCUGAGUGGGCAGGGGCGGUGUGUCUAUUCCAUGAGCAGUGGGGGCCCUUGAGUGCCGCCCCUGCCGGCCCCGUGCUCUUCCUCACUGGCCACCCACAGAGCCAUGUUGAAACUCGUCAAACAGGGUACUGGACAUUUCUCUCAGCACCACCAGGCCACCUGCUCUGGGCCCAGGCCUGCUAGACACCCAGCUGAGAAGGCUGACAGGCACAUCCCUGUGCUCCUGGUGCUCAGGGAGUUUGUUCUGUAGCCUGGGUGACUGUAGACGGAGUGUUCUGGGAGUAGAGUGUAGCUGCCCGGCCCUCUGAGCUGGGGAGUGACCGGGAGCCUGGUCAGGUGGCACCGAGCUGGAAUACAGGGUAUUGGGCUGUGCCCAGCUGUGUGCACACAGAUCCCCCAGGUCUUUUUAACUUCUGAUUUGCACUUUAUGGUAAGGCCAUGUGCUGAGUCUCUCUGUGGCUUCAGUCAGUGAGUUUUAAUGUAAAUAAUCAGACAUGUUGUAAAUUAAUAGUAGAUACAAAUAAUAUUUAGUUUUUUUUUAUGAUGUACAGUUACUACAGUGCCCCGGCAGAAUAAUUUAAACACCCUCUCCAUGAAUCGUAUGGGGUCCUGGACAGAGGGCUUCAGUUUGCUGCCUCUCACACUCAGAGUCACACACACACACGCACACACAAUCACACACUCUCACAUGCACACCCUCCACCUGCCUGCUCACUUGCCCCCACUUGGGAAAUUACUGUGUUGAAGUCUUAUCUCAGCCAAAAAUGGCCAUGCAGAUGGCAUGAGGAAAGUCAGGAAUGGUCACUGAGAGGCCAGCUCGCCCCCAGAGUGACCUCAGUCAGCAAGCAGGUAUGACGCCUGCAGGAAAGGCAGGUGCCUGAGAGGGACUUGAGGUAGUCAUAGCAUCUGAUCCUUAGGUAGUAAGUGUUCCUUCAACCAAAGACUAUGAUUACUAAGAAGGAGAAGGAAAGAAAAAAAAGGGAAAAUGGGGGGUGGGUUGAUGCUGCUUCACACCAAAGGCUUACCAUUAUUUUCCAAAUUCAUGGGACAGUGUGAUCUGACCAGGAGCCAUGAGAGCUAAGAGAAGCCAUGAGACACCUCUGUGGAGGUGAAGCGUCUGUAGAUGAUGUGGCUUCUGACACCAGGUUUCAAUCUGGUUUGAGUUUUUCUGUGACAGAAGUAACUAUGAUACAAAUUGAGGACUCCCCUCGUGUCUCUGUCAUGUCUACAGCUCACUCCUUGUCUGCUCUGGAAGCCAGCUGCCAUCCCAGCCAUGGCUCCUGAACUAACUCAGAGCUGCCUGUCAUUUGACUUCUCCACAUCUUGUGUUUUCAUUUGCAGGGGUGUCUAAAUGGUUUUGAGAGGACUCUGUCCCUGCACUUUGUCCUUUUAUACAGGUGACACUAGUCUCAUCGCGAUGUAGUGGUCAGCCUUAUUGACUACUUGUAGCCUUUCUGAAACGCAUAGAAUGCACAUUUCUUCCAGUGGCCCAGAAACACAAAUGAGUGGAGACCAUCACAUCUAUUUCCAUGUCUUUCUAAAAACAGGACUCCUACACUCUGGGAAAUGCAAAUAGUGAACAAUGAAGAGUAUACAUGAGUAGCACAUAAGAUUUAUUUUCUUGAAUUUAAAAUUACUUCAACUGAUUUCAGCAUGUAAAUAUAGAAUAAUAUUGACUAAUGUGUAAGUCCUGAACUAAGAAAUAUAAAUAAAGCUGCAAACGAUG